ACUGGAUUUACUUGUAUUGCAAGUGGCGUUAUUUUUUUCGAAGGACAUUGGUGAUGAGGUUGGAUUUCAAUUUGGACAGUUAUGUAUAAUUGCAUGGUGGAGUUAAUUACUACCGAGCUUCUACAAAAGUACAAAAAACAUGGCAACUGGAGGAUCAUCCAUUUACAAGGGAUCUGACCUGAUUCAUGACCUUAGUUGUUCCAAGUGUGAGGAAAAUGACUUGAACACGGAAGCCCAGCACUUUUGUCCAGAGUGUGAACACCAUCUGUGUAACAAGUGUGUGAAAAUACAUGAAGAGUAUUUCAAAAAGCAUGCUGUGUAUGGGCGUGGAGACUUACACAAGUGGGCGACGUUUUCCAUGGACAGAUGUGACCAACAUGGCAAAGAGCUGGAGGUCCUCUGUGAUGACCACCAGGAACUAUGCUGCAGUGUCUGUGUAUCACUCAACCACAGGCUGUGCAAGAGCAUUAGUCACCUGCCAGACCGUGCGAAAGGCUUCCAUGAGAAAGCAGAGUUCAGACAGCUGUCAGCAGCAGUGGACAAGAUGAGGAACAGGCUGGAUGAGAUGAAGAAGGCAGGAAGAAAAGACCAAGCUAAACUUAAGGACUCAUAUAAGAAGAUUGUAGCUGAAAUCAAGUUUCUUCGGAAAGAGAUAGAUGCCAUCCUUGAUCAGAUUGAGAAGGCAACAAUAGAGCAACUAGAUAAUAUGAUUGGAGAUUUGGAAAAAGAUGUCAACGAUGAUGUUGUGAAAUGUGUCAAGAUGAAUGAUCAAUUGAAAAACAUGAUGGAAAAGAUCAACCAAAUGAUUGGAAAACGCAAGGAGACAAACGCAUAUAUUGGAUACAGAAAAUGUACAGCUAAGUUAACCCAGGCUGAUAAUCUGAUAGGUAAAAUACAGAGAAAACCAAAGGAAGAAAUACAGUAUGAAUUUGACAAAACCAUUGAGCCAUUUCUCAAAAGUCUGAAGACAUUUGGCUUUUCUGAGGUGAAAGGUUCCGAAGCAAAUAAAAACUGUGCAUAUCAGGUCGUAAAAUCAACGCAAUAUAAUGUUAGAAUGAAACAAGAGACAGAGUUGUGUAGCAUAACAGGGAUAUGUGAGUUGCCUAAUGGACCCAUAGUCAUCUCAGAUGGAGGAUCUAACAGUUCAAUCAAACUUCUGAACAGCCAAUUUGAAGUCAUUGAUCACUUUGAUCUUCCUGGUCCUAAUGACUUAUGUAGCAUUGCAGCCAAUGAGGUAGCUGUGGCAGUUGGUACUGAUACAAAGAAAGACGAAGUACAAAUUAUCAAAGUUGCUCAGGGGAGACUUCAGAAAAAGAGAAAGUUCACCACAGAUUAUAUUUGUUUUUCUAUCGCUCACCACGAGAACCAGCUGUAUGUGGGCUCCAAGACUGCCCUGUACCAGCACACCAUGGAUGGUAGGCUUGUUAAGAAGAUCCAUGAAGACAAAUCUGGAAAGUUGGCAGUCGUCAGAUGUGCAGUAAGUCCUGAUGGAGAGAUCAUAUAUGUUUCAAACUUUGAUGGAAAUAAAUUGAUAUCACUGGAUAGAUGUGGGCGAGUGUUAUCUUCAUUCACAGAUCCUGAACUACAAAGUGUAUCUGGACUAUGUGUAAGCCCGAGUGGCCUAGUGUUUGUUUCUGGGGGUAGUUCAGACACUGUCAUUCAGGUGGACAGUGAGGGUACAAAAAAGCUGGCCACCUUAGCCAGAAAGGCUGAUGGCAUGAACACACCAAUAGCAUUAUGCUUAGUUGAGAACACAUCCACUCUUGUUGUUGGUGGACAGAAAGAGGAUGACAUUGUUGUUCUUCAGUUAGGGAAAAUUUGAGAAAAGGAGAUUAUCAUACGAAAAUAAAAUACUAAAAAAAAUCAAACUUCAGAAUUGAGGAAAAGCUUAGUGGUUUAAGAUUGACCGUUAAAAUUGUAAUAAUUAUAUACUACAAGUAACUCCUGCUACUGUGAAUUUUUGUUGUUAUCAGUGAUGAUUAAUGAUUUGGACAAGUUUUGUUGUUGUGUAUACUUAUAUUAUUUUAUCACUAUCACCAGUGUCUUAGUAAUGCAAAUGUCAUUGACAUCCUUAUCGUACUGAAUGACUAUGCGUUAUGUAAUGCAUUUAAUGUUUAUGACACAUAUAAGUUUUUGAUAAUAAUUUAAUUGUCUCCAAAAUGAAUAAGAAAUGUGCCAAGUAUUAUUUCCAAAUGCCCUCGGGUUGGAUUAAGGUCAAUUUACGGAAAAUUGGAAAACAAUCUUGGCUAAGAAUGUUGUGCAGUGAUUAAUUUGGGAAAAACAUACUGUAGUAUUUUGGCCUGUAUUUAGAUAUCAAAAAUUUGAAUGUGUCAAAUUUCUUGAAUGCUAAAAUCAAAUUGUUGCAUUGUGGUGUUUCUUCUUUUAUCACGGACCUAUACAGUGUAGUUCCGUGGCUUAGGAAAUGUAAUUUUCCUUGUAUUCUUUUGGAAUUGUAUGCAAACUGCAAAAAAAUAAAAUAUUCAUGUUUUGAGUUGAAAUUAGUUGAUGAAUUUGGAAAUUGCG